CAGAAUUUUCAUUCCUAUCAGUAAUAAUAACAUACUAUAAUAAUAGUAAUAAUUAUAUGGUAAUUAAUGAAUACAUACAUAGACACAGAAUGUACAACAAAAUGCCGUAAAUAAAUAAUAAUAACUUAAUAAAAUAACUGUAAAGGUGUUUUAUUCACAUUUCACCAUCAGUGGCUCAUUCGUCAGCUGUCCUGAUAUUAAUAUUAAUAACAACCAUUCAUACAGGUGUUUGUUUUGUUAUACUAAUGUUGUGCAGAGCUAUUAUUUAUUUAUUUAUUUAAUAUCUUUAUUUAAAAUCUGUCAAUAUUCUGAUUGAUAUAGCUAGAUAACUGAGCUUUGGAAGACUUCCAGUUAACAAGUUAAUGAAGAGAAGAGGAUCUAUGGAGGCUCCACGUUGACCACAGAGAAGAGGAGCUAUGGAGGCUCCAUGUUGACCACAGAGAAGAGGAUCUAUGGAGGCUCCACGUUGACCACAGAGAAGAGGACCUAUGGAGGCUCCACGUUGACCACAGAGAAGAGGAUCUAUGGAGGCUCCACGUUGACCACAGAGAAGAGGAGCUAUGGAGGCUCCAUGUUGACCACAGAGAAGAGGAUCUAUGGAGGCUCCACGUUGACCACAGAGAAGAGGACCUAUGGAGGCUCCACGUUGACCACAGAGAAGAGGAUCUAUGGAGGCUCCACGUUGACCACAGAGAAGAGGACCUAUGGAGGCUCCACGUUGACCACAGAGAAGAGGAGCUAUGGAGGCUCCACGUUGACCACAGAGAAGAGGAGCUAUGGAGGCUCCACGUUGACCACAGAGAAGAGGAGCUAUGGAGGCUCCACGUUGACCACAGAGAAGAGGAUCUAUGGAGGCUCCAUGUUGACCACAGAGAAGAGGAGCUAUGGAGGCUCCACGUUGACCACAGAGAAGAGGAUCUAUGGAGGCUCCACGUUGACCACAGAGAAGAGGAUCUAUGGAGGCUCCAUGUUGACCACAGAGAAGAGGAUCUAUGGAGGCUCCAUGUUGACCACAGAGAAGAGGUCUAUGGAGGCUCCACGUUGACCACAGAGAAGAGGUCUGGAGGCUCCUUGUUGACCACAGAGAAGAGGAUCUAUGGAGGCUCCAUGUUGACCACAGAGAAGAGGUCUAUGGAGGCUCCAUGUUGACCACAGAGAAGAGGUCUAUGGAGGCUCCAUGUUGACCACAGAGAAGAGGUCUAUGGAGGCUCCAUGUUGACCACAGAGAAGAGGAUCUAUGGAGGAUUCACUUCAGGACUCAUGAGAAGAGAUUCAAAAUGUGGAUCUCCGAAAAUGUGUUCAACCUGAGGGUACAUCUCAGCAGACAUCUGACCGGUUUCUAAAUAUAAUGCACAGCGCUGAUAUAAAUAUAGGAUAUGAUAUAAUAUGUAGUUGACCUUCGUUAAGAGACGACAUGUAACUGUAACCCGAAUGUCCUCCCUCUCU